CUCCAUUCCACCUAGAGAGACUUUUCUGGCCCGUCUAGUGCUUGCGAAAAAAAGACGACGACGACAACGUCGAGAGGUACAAGGAGCGGACGACGAUGGCGCCACCAAAGGGAGCUGAGCCGGUGUCUGCCGUGUACGCUGACUCGAAUGGUCUUCGACACCGAUCAAAGGCUCGAGGCCUGCUCAAUGCAUCCAAUCUCCCCGCGCUGCAGAACCUGCUCAAGCGCGAUCCGGCAGCAUACACCGACGAAUUCCGGGCCCAAUGGAACCAUUACGAGAGUCUCCGACGCAUCUAUGCGGGUGACCUGGGUCUUGGGGACCAAGCUGGCAGCGCAGCAGGUGCCGGUGCAACGGCGAGCGUCGGGGCAGGGGGAGGAGAAGGCCAGGCCAAGGCAAGCAAGGAGCACGAGGAGCGCUUCGUUGCCCUCCUGGCCUUUGUCACGCAGCUCGCGCCAUCAUACCCGGAAAUGACUUCGCCCCUCUUCUCCCACAUUUCUUCGCUCCUCGUCGAUCAUCACGCCAGCAUUGGUCGGGAGGUCAGGUCAGCAUGCGUCAGGAGCCUGGUCUUGCUCAGAAACCGAGAAGUCAUCUCGAGCGAACAGCUGCUCCGGACCCUCUUCCCCCUCCUUCUGGCCUCGCCCUCUUCCUCCCUCCGCUCGCUCCUCCAGCGGACCAUCACGACAGAUCUCAGAAACGCAAACGCCAAGGCGAAGAACCACCAGCUGAACCGCGUCGUCCAGGGCUUGCUCUUUGGCGUCGUCGAGGUCGGCAUGCCUGGACAUCAUCUUGGCGGUAGCAGCAACGAAGAGGCGGCCCAUCUGGCCCGCGUCGGCUACGGAAAGGGUCAGCAAGGCUCGAGCAGUGGUGGCGAGGCGCUCUGGGCUGUGCGUCUUGCAGCUGAGCUGUGGCGAAAGAGGAUCUGGAACGACGCAAAGACCGUCUCGCUCCUCGCCCUCGCCUGCCUACAUCCCCACCCGCGCGUCCAGUCGUCGGCCAUUCGCUUCUUUCUGGGCGACUUGCAUUCCACAGAGGCAGGUGCCGGCUCCGAUGAAGAGGAGGAUUCGGACCAGGACGAGCCGGUGAUCCCAGACGUCAACUCGCUCAAGCACAAGCGCAAGGUCAACAAGAAGACCCGGUCGGGCGAUCGAAAGGUGCGGGCAGCUGCCUCGGUGGCGCGGAAGCGGAGGCGAGAGGCGGAAGAGAAGCGCAUGGACAAGGCAGCCGACGGCACAGAUGCCGCCAACGCGGCCGCAAUCAACCUGCUAUACGACCCACAGGGGUUCGCUGAGAAGCUCUUUGACGAGCUCAAGCGGGGCGACAAGCGCCUGCCACUGGAGCACAAGGUCCGGAUGAUGCAGCUCAUGACGCGGGUCAUGAGCAUCCACAAGGCUACCGUCCUCGCCUUCUACAGCUACAUUGUCAAGUACCUCAACCCACACCAGACGCACAUCACCCUCAUCCUCGUCUCGCUCGCGCAGUCGAUCCACAACCAAACGCCGCCCUCAACGCUGCUCCCGCUGGUCCGCAAGUUGUCCCACAACUUCGUGCACCCGGGCGUCGGGCCAGAGGUCAUUGCUGCAGGCAUCAACACGGUGCGCGAGAUCUGCACGCGUCAGAUUUGGGCUCUUGGCUCCGGUGAGGAGACUGAGGAAGGCGACGGCGAGGAAGAGCGGGACGAUGAUGGCAAGAAGCACGGUGCCAAUGACGGAAAGGACCUUCUGGAGGACCUCGUGUCGUACCGCAAGAGCAAAGACAAGGGCGUCGCGGCCGCCGCACGCGGUCUCAUGCAGCUCUACAGGACCGAGAAUCCGCUGAUGCUGUCGCGGAAAGAGCGGGGCAAGGCGGGCUCGAUGGCCCUCGCGGCGGGCACCCAGCGUGUGCGGGGCUUCGGCGAGGAAUCGGGUGUCACUAAAGGCAUCGUCGGGCUCGACCUCCUGGAGAAGGCCAUGGAGGAGGCCGACUCAGAGGAAGAGGAGGAGCGAGACCGGAAGGCGUGGGAGCAGUGGGAGCAGGAGAGCAGCGACGAGGACUCGGACGACAGCGUCAGCAGCGGCGGCUGGAUCGACGUCAGCAGUGACGAGGGCGGCGAUGAAGGCUUUGACGUGAGCGACAGCGACGACGACGACGAGACAAAGGCGAGCAAGAGAAGAAAGGUCGAUGGGGAGGAGGAGGCGACGGCGAAGAAGACGCCGCUGGAGAGGGUCAAGGAGCGCCGGCUGGCCAAGCGCGAGGCGCGUCGACGAGUGCGCGAGGGUGCAAGCGCGACUGAUGGAGCAUCUUCGGAUGGCGAGGGAAGCGACGACGAUGCCGACGACGGCGAGGUAGCAGGCGUGACAGAGCAGGCACAGAAGCUCGCAGAAGAGGAAGAAGCCAUCUCGAAAAUCGCCACAACACGCAUCCUAACGCCUGCUGACUUUGCACGCCUCAACGAGCUGCGGUUGGCCAAGGCCAAGGAGGCCGCCGCGACGGGUGGCGCCGGGGGCACGGCGGCCAAGAAGCAGGUCGCCGCGCUCGAGGCGGCCAUGCGCCGCCACCAGCAGUCGUCGUCGGCUGGAGAUGCCUCGACCUCGAUCCUGGACGAGUAUGCGAUCCUGGGCGAGCGCAAGAAGAGAAAGGCCGACUACGAGGAGCGCAUGGCGUCGAUCGAGAAGGGCCGAGAGGACAGAGACAAGUUCGGAAGCAAGCGAGGAAAGAAGCAGAAGGACAAGAUGAGCAGCACCAACAACGAGCAAAAGAAGAAGAGCAAGCCCUAUCAGAUGAUUGCAAACAGCUGGAGCGUGCGGAGCAAGGCAAGGGCCAAGCUCUCGGAAAAGAGCAGAAAGCUCAAGCUGGCCAAGGACAAGCAAAAGAAGCAGUACAAAAAGUAGAGGUUAUUCGGUUCGUUUCACUACUACUAGAUGAUUGCAACGUCACUCCACCAUCAUGUAUCGAAAGAUUGAUUUUAUCAGGCAAUUUUACAC